UUCCUCAACCCUCUUUCCGCCUCUUGCGCCACCCCUUUUCUUAGGAGAAACGGCGCCCUUCCCUUACCUCCCCCUCCAACCCUCUCUCUGUCUGUCUUUCCCUCUCCCAUCCGCUAUGCCUUCUCUUCUCUUCUCCUCCCCUUCGGAGCUCGAAGAUCUCAAAAAGUCGAAGAAGAAGUCUAAGAAGGCCGAAUCCAUGGCCGCCGAGCUUGAGCAGAACGGCUUCAUAGAGGCGGAGAAGAAGAGCAAGAAGAAGAAGCACAAGAAGCUUGAAUCCGAUGACGAGGAGAUCGACAACAGCGACGGAGAAGGCUCGGAGAAGAAGAAGAGCAAGAAGAAGAGAAAGGCUUCUGAUGAGGAGACGAGCGAAACCAGCUCUGACGGAAGCGAUCCUAUUCUGGAUCGCAAGGUGGCAGCGGUGAAUGGUUCCGCUUUGAAGAAGCCAAAGCUGAUGCAGGAGGAUGAGGAUGGAGAGGUGAUUGCGAGCCGAGAGGAGUCUGGCGCCGCGAACCCGAACCCGAACGCCGUGUCCAAAUUCAGGAUAUCGAAGGUGCUGAGAGAGAAGUUGAAGUCGAAGGGGAUCGAGUCGCUGUUCCCUAUUCAGGCGAUGACCUUCAAUCUUAUACUUGAUGGGUCUGAUUUGGUCGGCCGGGCACGGACUGGUCAGGGUAAAACCUUAGCAUUUGUGCUGCCUAUUUUGGAGUCGUUGACAAAUGGGCAACACAAGGCAUCUAGGAAAACUGGUUAUGGAAGGCCUCCGAGUGUUUUGGUACUUCUACCAACUAGAGAGCUUGCAAAUCAGGUAUCUGCAGACUUUGAGGUUUAUGGUGGGGCAGUGGGGUUAUCUUCAUGCUGUUUAUAUGGAGGAUCUCCUUAUCGUGGUCAAGAGCUUGCUCUAAAACGAGGAGUUGAUAUAGUUGUUGGAACACCUGGGCGGAUAAAGGAUCAUUUAGAGAGGGGAACUCUUGAUCUAAAAUUUUUGAAAUUUCGUGUUCUUGAUGAAGCUGAUGAAAUGUUGAAUAUGGGCUUUGUUGAUGAUGUUGAACUAAUUCUAGGUAAGGUUGAGGAUGUAAGCAAAGUUCAAACACUUCUUUUUAGUGCUACCCUGCCGGAUUGGGUGAAGAAGAUCUCUGCAAGGUUUCUAAAACCUAAUAAGAAAACUGCUGAUCUUGUUGGCAACGAGAAGCUGAAGGCUAGUGCUAGUGUUAGACAUCUUGUUCUUCCCUGUACACGUCAAGCAAGAGCACAACUUAUUCCUGAUAUUAUUCGCUGUUAUAGCCGUGGAGGCCGUACCAUUAUCUUCACUGAGACAAAGGAAUCUGCAUCCCAACUUGCUGGACUGUUACCUGGAUCAAGGGCUUUGCAUGGAGACAUAGUGCAAUCUCAACGGGAAGUCAUACUUGCUGGAUUUAGGUCAGGCAGGUUUUUGGGUUUGGUGGCUACAAAUGUGGCAGCGCGCGGCUUGGAUAUCCAUGAUGUGCAGUUGAUUAUUCAGUGUGAGCCCCCACGUGAUGUUGAAGCCUACAUCCAUCGAUCAGGACGUACUGGAAGGGCUGGCAAUACUGGAGUUUCUAUAUUACUGUAUGAGCCCAGAUAUUCAUAUAGCAUUUCUAGAUUAGAAAGAGAAUCAGGUGUCAAAUUUGAGCACAUCUCUGCACCUCAACCUGCUGAUGUUGCUGAAUCAGCUGGUUCUGAAGCUGCUGAUUCUAUCUCAAAUGUCUCUGACAGUGUCGUUCCAGUUUUCCGGUCACAAGCAGAGGAACUUUUGAGCUCCUCUGGCUUAUCAGCUGUGGAUUUACUUGCAAAAGCACUGGCAAAGGCUGCAGGAUACACCGACAUAAAGAAGAGAUCGCUGCUUUCUUCUAUGGAGAACUAUGUAACUCUACUUCUUGAGGCAGGAAAGACUAUCUAUUCUCCAUCGGUUGCUUUUAGUAUCUUGAAAAGAUUCAUGCCUGAUGAAAAGAUUGAAGGGGUGAAGGGCCUUUCUCUUACAGCUGAUGGAAUGGGGGCGGUGUUUGAUGUGCCUGCUGAUGAUGUGGAUGCCUUCAUUGAAGGUCAAGAAAAUGCUAACAUGGUGACCAUUGAGGUCUUGAAAAGCUUGCCUUCUUUGCAAGAUAAAGAUCAGUCAAGAGGUGGUAAUACAGGACGAGGCAGGUUUGGUGGUGGCAGAUCCUCUGGCGGUAGAGGUGGUCGUGGCGGCUUCGGCAGAAGAGAUGGAGGGGGUCGUGGGAAGGGAAAUGGUGGCGGCAGAAACAGAUUUAACAGGAGGUAAAGCGGUUUGUGUUGUCGGGGCAAUCUGAAAAACGCUUACUCUAGUUUGUGUGACUGAAAAUUUUUUCAGACCUUUUUCGCUUAUGAAUUCUACAGUCAUUACAUCAAAUGAUUUAUUUCAUAGAAUUGGUUUAAAAUUGGCUGCAACCAUUCAAUUUUUUUGCUUAUGUAACUGUAACAAGUGCUUACAGCUUUUAUUUGAAUGAAUUGAAAAUGGUUAAUGCUUACAAGAUUGCUAUAAAA